GGCUUCUGGCACACGUCUCGCUUCCCUGUGCGUCUCACGUUGCGCCUUGUCCGUGCGGCCCCAAACUCGAACUCUGGAACUGCACCUACUUUGGGGGCAAGUGCGGCGCUCGGGUUUCAUGUCGUUUGACUGCCUUCGUCCCAAUCCUCCAAACACACCCCUCUGCCUGUAGUACCAACACUGUAGACGAUAUACUAACUGACAACCACCAACGAGUCAUCAUCUCCCUCGGCCGAGGCAGUAAAGCGUGAGAUCCGCUUGUGCUGCGCCGUGCUGUGCCAUCCGCCAUCCAGCAGCCGCCGCACACUCUCCGCCUGCAGCGCCGAUCGACUGUGCUACUGCAACCGUUCCCUUCCCGAACGCUUAACGGACAGCCAACCCACUUCGGGUCGUGCAGUCUUGGUUCGACCCGCUAUUGCCAACGUCAAGACCUCACCAUUUCAACGUCCACUGCCAACCUCACCUUUACCGACAUGUCGACCGCCGUGGCUGCCCCGCCCGCAGUCACCACCACCACCACCACCACCACCCCGUUUGCUGCCAUGCCCCCAUCCAGCACCUCCGUCCUCUCGGCCCCUCCGAGCGCUGAGCCUCCCGCUGCGAAACGAGCGCGAAGUAAUGGUUCACCGGCUGGCGUAGAGAUUACGGCUUCCGCCGAGCGGUCAGCGUCGAGUGGGAAGGCUUCACCUAAUGCCCUCCGAAACGGCGCACCACCCAUGGUCAAAGUGAAGAGAGAACCCGGCUCGCCUUCCCUACAAUCCUCCCGACCUCGACCGAAACGCCUCGACCUAUCCUCAAGCAUGGCGAACAACCGCGGCCCACAAUCCUCACGCCCUUCCGCACCGCUUACAUCACGAGACUCGGCGGGUCUGGCAAUACACGACGUAGGCCUGGCCUGCUUGUCACCCGGCUUCCAAACCCACGACCCCGCCAUGCGAGAACAACUGCAGCGCAGUCUCGACGUCCGAGACCAGCAGAGACAAAUCAUCGAGGCAAGACAAAAGGGCCAGAAACCCAGCAGCUCGCACGAGAACACCACCAGCGGCGCCGGCGACCCCUCCUCCCGACCAGAGAACAGCAACUUCUUCGGCAUGAACAUGCGCACCCCAACCACAUCCCGCCGAAAAGGUCCACCACCGGGCCUCACCAUCUCCGCCCCGUCCGCAGCACAAUUCGCCAACGACCGCGUCAUCCAAUCCGCGCCUAUGCAUCAAACUUUCACCGGACUCGCACCCGGCGAACACCCCUUCACCCGCCACGCGCAACACGGCCCCAGCGCGUUGAGUCAGACCAGCCAUAUCCACCACGUUCCUGCGACGCAGACGAAUAAUCGGCUCCCACCUAUCGCGGAUGUAUUCGCUAUUAAUGACCGCCUCGAGGCGCCGCGGAAUUACUCCGGUCAAUCUCCGUCCUCCCAUCAUAACAACGGCAGCAACAGUAGUAACAACAACAAUAACGCUCAUAUGCCACCCCCGCUCCCGUCACCUAGCUUCCCACCCCCGUCCUUCCAACAACAGUCCCAACAACAGCAGUCGCAACAGAACCAGAACGGAUCGCUCAGCAGCGCCCGAAGCCGCGAAUACCGUUCCGCGGAGGAAGCGGUGCAAGGGCUUUCGGGCGGGAGGGAAGACUUGAUGCCCAAAGUGGUGCAUUAUGGCGGCGUGCAGCCCCCUACACCGCCCUCGCCCAUGCCGCCGCACGGAGGACAUCAGCAGCAGCACCACCAGCAGCACCACCAGCAGUAUUACAGUCACCAAGCUCACCUAUCGUACCAGCCUGCUGCUGCUCCUCACCAACACCAAGCUCCUCCGCUCUCGCAGCAGCAACUCCAUCACGGCAGCGGGAACGGCAGCGGGAGUGGGAGUGGUAGUGGGAACGACGUCCCCUCCUCCCGCCCCGACAUCCUAGCCCGCACCUCGAGCCUCAACGGCAGUCGACGGCGGGGCAGGGAGGAGUAUGAGCGGGAUAACGGCAGUUCGCCGUUGAGUCAGAGCCGGCACGUUCUGGUGGGGGACGGGGCGAAGCGGACGGCUUUUGCUUUUGCGCCGCCGAGGGGCGAACGGGAAAGAGAGAGAGGAUGGGGAGGGGAGGGGAUGGGUGAGAGGGAGAGGGAGAGGGAGAGGGAGGAGGGGGGUGAGGAUUGGAUGGCGGGGAUGAGUGGGGGGGAGAAGAGGGAGGAGUUUUUGCGGUUGUGCGCGCGGGCUUGGGAUUUGAUGCAUUCGUGAUGGAUGGAAUUCUGAGCUUGUGUCUGGAUGGUGGGGGGGGUUUUUGGUUGGCUAGCGGACUGGACGUGCGUUGAGUGGGCGGGCGCUUGGGUUGGGAGCUUGGUGACGUGUCGCCGCGCAGGCAAGCAUGCAGUUGGUAUGUGGUGUUGUGAGCAUGGGCGGUUGGUGUGGCAUCUGGGAACGGCUGGUCUGGUCUGGGAUGGGAUGGAAUGGGAUGGGUCUGUACUGAAGCG